AUGCCCAGGCAUAACUGCAAUACAAUUGGCCCCAGAGAGCCUACUUCGCCUACUUCGCCGGUUGCCGUAUACCCCCCGCCUGCCCCGCCGGAUAACGAGAACGCCCCUGGUGCAGCAGCAGAGUUUUAUGGAUUUGUAGCGUGGGCAACGACCGCUAUUCUAUGGUUUAUUUACAUCAUUUGGGCAUUGCUACCCGAUUCUGUCAUUCGGGGGAUAGGAAUUACCUGGUAUCCCAAUAGGGAAUGGGCACUCCUGAUUCCAUCUUAUGCGGUAUUCCUGGUAUUGCUCACGUACUUCACAUACUUCGCACUCGGUAUCUAUGCGACGCCUUCCUAUUCUGAUGUUAAAUCAGUUACCGAUGAACACGCGCGGUACGCUGUGCAAACGAGCGUCUCUAGGUCAACGGUUCCACAGGUGCAUGAUCUCCCCAUCGGGCUCGUAAAUCGUGUUUUGUAUGCUAUUACCUUGUCCGCACUAUCGCUUGUGAGCGGCGUGUUUGCUGCCUAUCCUAACCCUGGAAAAGUUUCUGGGAGCGUUGACGUUCAUGACCCCGCUAUAUGUCGGGACUCUGCUGGAAAAUACUUCUUGUUUUCUACCGCCCCUGGCAUUGCCAUCCGCACUUCGACAGACAGGACUAACUGGAGCUACGCUGGCACCGUAUGGGCGGCUGGUCAGGCAACCUGGACUGACAAAUACACCAAGACGAGCAACGGGAACCUUUGGGCUCCUGACUGUACGUAUAAGAACGGACAAUUCUACUUGUACUACUCGGCCUCCUCUUUUGGGAGUCGUAACUCGGCUAUUUUCUUCGCCAAAUCUAGCACUGGUCUUCCAGGCUCGUGGAGUAACCAAGGGCUAGUUAUCUCCACUACAGACUCUAAUGAUUACAACGCAAUCGACCCCAACUUGAUCAUUGAUGGCAACAACUGGUGGCUUUCGUUUGGUUCUUUCUGGACUGGCAUUAAGCUUGUUCAACUCGGAUCCAGCACUGGCAAGCCUUCCAGCUCUACUAUUUACUCGAUCGCAAAGCGGACAGCGGGUGGAGGAGCAGUUGAAGCACCCAUAAUUGUCAAGAACGGCAGUUACUAUUACUUGUUUACUAGCUGGGACAAAUGCUGCUCUAGUACAUCAUCUACUUACAACAUCCGCGUAGGACGAUCCACCAGCAUUACUGGACCUUAUGUUGACAAGAGCGAUGUUGCGCUUACAUCCGGUGGAGGUACUGAAAUCCUUGCUUCGCACGGCUCCAUUAUUGGGCCCGGCGGACAACACGUUUACAAAGACUCGGAUGCCUGGGUUCUCGACUACCAUUAUUACACGAGCUCCGGAUCAUUGCUCGGAGUCAACCUGCUCGAUUUCGCGAGCGGCUGGCCCGUGGUUUACUAG